AUGCCAAGGUCUUUCCUGGUGAAAAAGGUGAAACUAGAUGAUUUCGCCGGAGCGGAUUUGGAGAACGUCUACCGGCACAGGACAGACCUCAGCCUGCGGCUCCAUGACAAAGCUGGUUACAUCAGUGACUACAUCAGCCCCGUCGUGUACGAUGGUGAGAGUGACGGUGGGAUCAAAGUGCCCUCCCCAGACCCCCACUACGAUGGUAUCCACAGCGACUACGGGGCCCCUGACUCUGAGUCUCCCGACAGUCCUGACUCAGAAAUCACCGACGGCUACAUCAACGGAGACGCUGCUGUGAGCGAGGGUUACACAGUCGAUGCCUUCUUCAUCACCGACGGCCGCUCGAGGAGGAAAGCUAUCAGCAGUCCCCGGGCCAUCCAGAGGCACACGUGCAACGAGUGCGGCAAAACCUACGCCACGUCUUCCAACCUGAGCCGGCACAAACAGACACACCGCUCGCUGGACAGCAAGCUGGCCAAGAAAUGUCCGACCUGCGGUAAGGUGUACGUGUCCAUGCCCGCCAUGGCCAUGCACCUGCUCACUCACGACCUCAAGCACAAGUGUGAUGUGUGCGGGAAAGCGUUCAGUCGACCCUGGCUUUUGCAGGGCCACAUGCGCUCUCACACGGGCGAGAAGCCGUUCGGAUGCGCCCACUGCGGGAAGGCCUUCGCAGACCGAUCCAACCUGCGCGCUCACAUGCAGACCCACUCGGCCUUCAAGCACUUCAAGUGCAAACGCUGCAACAAGACCUUCGCGCUCAAGAGUUACCUGAACAAGCACUACGAGUCUGCCUGUUUCAAAGGCCCCUUCUCUCCUCUCGGCCCCCUGGAUGCAUGA